AGGGGCCUAGAGGGCUCGGCGAAAUCUGUGUGAGGCUGGCGGCCGGCGGCGAGGUGGCCGGGGUGGGCUGGCCCGAGAGGGAGCCAGGUUCCCUGAGCGGACCGAGGAGGCCGCCUCGAGGGCGGACGGACAGACGGCAGGGAGGGCCAGCAUGCCCCCUCUGCUGCACCCCGCCCUGCCGCUGCUCCUGGGCGCCACGCUGACCUUCCGGGGGCUUCGGAGCGCGCUCGGCCGCCUGCCUCUGCCGGCGCACGUGCGCGCCGACCCCCUACGCACCUGGCGCUGGCACAACCUGCUCGUCUCUUUCGCCCACUCCAUUGUGUCCGGAAUCUGGGCGCUGCUGUGCAUAUGGCAGACCCCGGAGCUGCUGGUGGAGAUUGAGACGGCAUGGUCGCUUUCUGGCUAUCUGCUGGUUUGCUUCUCCACAGGGUAUUUCAUCCACGACAUGAUGGAUAUCGUGAUUAGCCGUCAGGCGGGAGCUUCUUGGGAAUACCUGGUUCAUCACGUCAUGGCCCUGGCUGCUUUCUUUUCGGGCAUCUUCUGGAGCAGGUUUGUCGGUGGGGGCGUCCUAACAUUGCUGGUGGAGGUCAGCAACGUAUUCCUCACCUUCCGCAUGAUGAUGAAGAUCAACAACGCCCAGCACCUUCUCCUCUACCAGGUCAACAAAUAUGUCAACUUGGUCAUGUACUUUUUCUUCCGCCUGGCCCCGCAGGCCUACCUCACUCACUUCUUCUUGCGUUAUUUGGGCCAGAGGACUCUGGGUGCCUUUCUGCUGGGUAUCCUGCUCAUGCUGGACAUCAUGAUCCUCAUCUACUUUUCCCGCCUUCUCCGCUCAGACUUCUGCCCUCAGAGUGUCCCCAGCCAGCAACACAAAGACAAGUUUUUGACUGAAUGAGAGGCACAAAGCCUACAACUUGUGGCAGGAGCAAAUGCGGCCCAGAACAGUCUCACACAUGUAUGAAAGCAGCUCCCAGCCUGGGGCUCCCUCUGGGGAUAGCCUCUCCACCUUUCAAGUCCCACACCUACUAUUGAAAAUGCUAAUGAAAGCA